AUGGCCGAGGAAUCGCCUGCUAUGUUCGCCCCCGGGCGCGUUCUCACCUUGGACAUCAACGACGGCCGACGCCUCGAUUUCACCGUUGACCGCCUAUUCACCCCGGUCACCAAGAGCGUCGUGGUCGUCGCGCGCUGCGAUCAAUUUGGCCCUAGCCCGGUGGUGCUCAAGAUAUACGACCCUCGCUUCAUCAACGACCGCAACGGGCGCGAGAGCACGUAUGGACGGUCGAGGCCUCCCCAUCCGUGGUCUCUCGCCGCCGAGCGCGCCGCGCCAGCCACAUUCGACUCCAAUGCAAUCUAUCGCCCCGAGCCAUCGGCGGACGACCCUGCUGGCCAGUUCGAGCGCGCGGCGAUCUGGGAGGCGCACCUGCGCCACCUCAUGGAAGAAUCAUUCUGGUACGAGCGUGCGGCGUACGAAAAUCUGCGCGGCCUCCAGGGCGGCGCUAUCCCGCGCCUGCUCGCCGAGGGCCGCUUCAUCCCGCCUGACGAGCGCGCAUACGUGCCGCACGCGCUCGUGCUGGAAUACAUCGACGGCGUCACCCUCCGCCAGGCGCCGUUGGAGCUGUUGACGCCGGCCGUAUGCGAUGCGCUCGUGCGCGCCGUCGACAGCUUCGCCGCCCACGGCGUCUUCCACGACGACCUGAACGCGGGCAACGUGCUGGUCACAUCCGGCGGGCGCGGCGUCAUCCUGGAUUUCGGCUGCGCGGGCGUGCGCAACGCGGAGAUCGUGUGGACGGACGAGGAGUGGGUACGACACAUGACCACGCUGAGCGAGGGCAAUGGCAUCCGGUAUCUGUUGAAGCAGAAGGGCGUUGAUUGUAGUGGCGAGUUGAAGCCACGGUGGCGCUAUUUCGACGCCAAAAAGGGAUCGUGGGUAGAUGUGGUGGACGCUGCGGCCGUGCGCGUGGACGCCGAUGGUUUCUUUGCCGGUGUGGCUUGCCCAAACGACGAGGUCGCUCAACAGCCGCAGUCGGGAGCACUGUGCAUGACCUAG